GUGCGCACAGCGAUUGUCUGGUCGACUGUAAUGUUCAUGGUGCCACCGACAUCCAAGCGUGACAAUUCUUUCCAAACACAGGAAUAACAUUUCGUGUUAGCAGUUUUCAAUUAUUUUGGGCUCCAGACAAUUAAAUAAGUGACGAAAAAAUGAUAGUUUAACGCGUUAGCGCUUUGUGAUACGCAAUGGAAAAUUUUCAAGCCAAGAAGCCAAAAUCGGAAGAUUAGAGUCAUUGCGUGCGUUUCAAAGACAGACUUUUUGCGCCCAAUUAUUAAUAAACAAACAAUUUUCCGUUCGUUUUCCUCGCGUUGGCAGCAGCGAUUGUUUGCUGUCACCUGUCAAGUGCACGUGUUCAUGAGGUUAUAAACUUAGAAAAUGUUACGCCGCCAAGCUCGCUUACGACGCGAGUACCUCUACCGGAAAACCGUCGAAGACAAGCAAAAAUCCAUCCAAGACAAGAAGGACCGCAUCAAGCGCAGUUUAGAGGAGAACAUCCCCAUCCAUGGGGACCUCCAGAAGAAGGCCCUGCACUACUCCAAGAAGCUCGAGUGGGAGGACGCGGGGCCCGCGGCCGCCGUCCAGCUCGGCGGCGAGAGCGGCGGGGCCCUAGCCAGCUCCAUCGACGACGAGUACAGAUACGCGGGGGUCGAGGACCCCAAAAUUGUCAUCACGACGAGUCGGGACCCCAGCUCGAGACUCAAAAUGUUCGUCAAGGAACUGCGCUUGAUUUUCCCCAACGCCCAGCGGAUGAAUCGGGGCAACUACGAGAUGAAGCAGCUGAUUCAUGCGUGCAGGGCCAAUGACGUGACCGAUUUCAUCGUAGUGCAUGAGCACAGGGGGGUGCCGGACAGUUUAGUCGUUUGCCAUCUGCCCUACGGCCCCACCGCCUAUUUUACGAUGUCCGAUGUUGUCAUGAGGCAUGACAUCCCCGAUUUGGGGACCAUGUCCGAGCAAUACCCCCAUCUGAUUUUCCAUAAUUUUAAAACGAAACUUGGGGAGCGUGUCACGAACAUUUUGAAGUACUUGUUUCCAGUGCCCAAGGAGGACUCCAAACGGAUAAUCACCUUCGCCAACCACGACGAUUAUAUUAGCUUUAGGCACCACAAUUAUAAAACAGUCGAUAAGCAGAUCGAAUUGUCUGAAGUGGGGCCCCGAUUCCAGCUGCGCCUCUAUGAGAUCAAGUUAGGGACUUUAGACAAUGCGGACGCUGCCGAUACAGAGUGGGCUUUAAGGCCCUACAUGAACACAACGGUGAAACGGAGAUUUUUAAGUGACGAAGACGGUUGGCUUCAAGAGGACACAAUGAUCUCAUAACUUUUAUUUACUUUUUUAAUAAAUUAUCUGACGACGA